AUGCAAAACAAAAUGGGUAAGAAGGUCCUGUUAUGCAUCCUGUACUUGGUGGUUGCGCUCCUGUACGAAGGGAUAGAAGGAUCCAUCCUUCACAAAAUGAACAUGAAAAAAGAAGGUAACUUCUUCGUAAAAAAGUUCUACAAUAAUAAGCUGUCCAAAACGUUUAGCCAGGAUGACUAUCACUUUUUCCGUUUAGUUUUUAUGAAAUUCCUCACAAAGACCAACUUUCUAAAAAGAAACAUGACCCUGGAUGAUGUGGUGAGGACGAUGGAGUACAUCGAAUUAGGGACGAACCAAAAAAGUGACGAUGUGUACAUGACCCUGUACAAUGAAAUUAAACGCAUAUCUCAAGAGCAGUACCAAAUGAUCUACGUAAAAAAUGAAGUGGAUGAAGAAAUCGAAAGGGAAAUUCAGAGGGAAAUGCUUAAGAGUGUAAAAAAUGGUAGGCAGAAAAAAAACGUACUGGCCGUGGUCCCUUUCCCAAAUCAGGAAAUAUAUAACUCCAGCGAAAGUUCCAAAAGGGCCCAACUCCUCCUAGACAUACUCUACGUGGCGAUUAUAGCUAGCUACCAAACGCUAGACGAGGCGGAAAAAAGAAACAUGCUUAAGUCCGUGUAUGAAAAUACUUUAAAGCAAUGGAUGAGCUUAAACUUUUUACGAAAAAUUAUGCGAUACAAAUUGUCCCUGAAUAAGGACGGCAUACUGUUGUAUGUGUCGCUGGAGAGGAACCCCUCCAAUGGUGCAAAUGCAAAGGAAAACGAAAACGCGGGUGCCUGUGCGCGCGCUAAUGGCGAAGCCGCCGCGUUGAAACAGGAAGACCUUUACACAAUUGAGGCCGAACUGAAAUACAUUGUGGAGGAAUUUAUACGCGCCCUAUACCCCGACUACCUUGGGCACGCAAACUCCGCCUUCGUAAUUGACAAGUACAGCCGGGUAUGCUUAGCCCAGCUACAGAUUGUAGGCUAUCGAACUAGCAGCGAAGAUAAACUAUGGACCUCGCACUGGGAUGGUGUAAUGAAGCAAUUUGGGGGACCCCCUCCAGGUGGAUCACCUACCCAGAGAAAUCGACACGGUGACGAGAGCGACCCCACCGUCACAGCGGAGGAUAUUCCAGAGAACUAUUUCCACAUAGAAACAAACAGAAACAAAAUUGUAGUGCAAGUUUUAAUAACCAAUAAGGAGGGAGGGCAAAACAGGAUUGAAGACGACUCAUGCGAUGUACAACUGACCAUAGAAAAUGUUUAUAACAUUUUGAUAGACCAUUUCUUGUAUAAUGAAAAUUUGGGGCUGUACUACAGAAAGCCAACUUUCGUUAUGGCAAAAUAUUUAUUCGGUUAUGACAAAAAUUCUCAAAUGAAAGAUGAAGAAAAGAAAUAUGAAGAUAUAUCUUUGCAUAUAUUUCUACUGAUAAAGGGGAAGGUAAAAUUUAGCUUUAAGCAUGUCCAGAAAUUUCUUCUGAAAUAUACAAAAGAAUUUAAUGCCCUUUAUUCUCUCCAUUUUUACGGAGCAUGUAUAAAACAUAAACACACGGAUAUUAUAAAAGUGGUGGGUCAAUUUGGUGAAGGCAUAGACAACAACUUAAUCAGCAACAUCAUCAUAAAAAUGAAAAGGGAAGAAACUGUUGCACACAUAAAAUUAUAUUCGAAAAAAAAAAACACACAGAAUUUGGCUUAUGUAUCCACCAAGGAAAUAAUUAAACAGAUAAAUAAAAUUACAUACUUUAACGUUUUAUAUUAUCUUGUCGACAGAAGGAAAGAAAUUCCUCCAUCCAUUAAUUGCACGAUUUGCAGGCAUUUUAAAUACCACUAUGUUGUUCUCUUCAUAGCAGCUGUCGUCCCAUCGUUAAUCAUUUUUUUUUUCUUCUUUUUUAUUAUGUACUGUAAAAUAAAAAAGUUUAGUGAAAAUAAAAACACCUGUCCCAGUCGUCUCUCCCGAAUAUGCCCCAGUUUUUUUUACGUCAGGACUGCUUCGCAUCGAUAUAGGCGGCUCACCAAGACUUACCGCCGAAACAUACUACUUGCGAAGGGGCCCCAGGUUAAGUCCGUUUUGAAAAAUGGCUUUAAGGGAGACAUGAACUCCAGGCGUCAGCGCGCCUUCACCCACCGGGUCAGCAUAUCUCCCUAA